CCUAUAAAUCCAGGGCCAAAAGCAAGGAUACACGUGUUGUAGAUUCUACAUAAGUUAUUAGUAGUUUCAAAGAGGCGAUUUCAACGUUGAACUUUUGGUUUUUGAACUCGGCGCGCGAAUUUUCGCGCUAUUUGGCCUAUUUUGAAUACGACAGAUCUUAGUGGCUCGCUCGCGCGCGGGGUAAUCCGCGCGUACAACUCCAGCUGAAGACGAAUUUGAGAUUCUCCCCCCGUAUCCUGGCCCUUCUGUUCUAAUGACACUUCCUGCCCCAUUUGUAUUUCCAGCGUACCCCGCCGGUGACCGUGCAGGAGGCCCGCUAUACGAUGGCGUCGGGAGCUGAUCCUGAGAAGACAGCCGGAAGCGAUGCAUCAGAAGGAGCCUCUUUGAUCUCGGAAGAGGGGCCAGCUGGGCCCGGAGUUCCAGACAGUGGAUCGCAUGUUUCUGCAGGUGGCGGUGGAGGAUCGCUAGCAGACUGGGUUGAACCCGGACUUAUUGGCACGCCGUCAAAUUUGUCCUUCGACGAGCAGGAGAAAAAGAACGUCGCGUACUUUGGGCUCCGAGACAAGUGGCUCAGAGGGCCGAGCGCGAACGCGAAGGGAGCCCCGCGCGUCUCGAUCGGUGUGCUAGAUCCGCUUAUCACUGUUGAGAGACACCAUGGGAAAUACCACAUUACUGCCCGGUUUCACGUCGAGACGACUAUUGAUGAUUAUAACGCGCAUAGGAAAGACGGUCAUGAGCUCUUCUUCCACGACAUCUGCCUCCAGUACCUAAACUCUUCUGGCGAUGAAGAUCUCCUCACUGAACCGAAAUCCGACGCCACGGGCGCGUUCACGGUGACUAGGACGUCGAGUAGGACGGUCUCCGGAGACCUUGGGGUCUCACUCUCUGGUACACCCUCCGUGAAUGUCUCACUGGGUAUCUCGCGGUCGAGGGAAUGCACCAUAGAGCACACUGUCAACACGUGGACCGUGAGCGCACAUCGAGUGUUUCCAGAAGCGCGGAAGCGCCGCCGCAAGAUCGACGACCCCCGAUACCAAUGGUUCUGGGCGGCUAAUUACAAGGAGACCGCAACGCUUACUCCGGAUCUCACGCAUACUGUCAAGCGACACGUCCUCGUGAAGCGAGCUGUCCCGAUCGAUUCCUUUCCCAACGAAAGGCUCGAAAGCGCCAGGCAGGUAUUGCGAGGGAGAGCCUGGGUCGAUAAGGCAGAGUCUCGCAAUGCAACCCCACACGAACUUGACUCGGCGAGGCACUCCCUUUUCACAAAAGAGGAGGAGGCGUGGCGGGCGUUACUAGCUGACUGGCAGAGUAAAGACCGCCGGCAUGUCCCGCUGGAGCAGCUACUCGAAUUCAAAUUCUGCAUCCUGAUCAGACUUAAGAAGCGAUAUGGUCGUCUCCAUCGCGCUCUCAUAUUCAGUGGCAAUAGGAACAAAGCUAAGCUCCUGGAACCCACAUACAAGGAAAGGUUCUGCAUCAGGGUACCUUUCGCAUCAGACCCUCCGCGUCCACACCCCAGCGACACAUCCCUGUGGCGCUACACGCGGCGGCCCCGAGACUUCCCCAGCGAACACUAUCUCGCCAAUCUGACCCGCAUUCCGGUGCAGGACACUUAUAGCCUCCGCGAUGUCCUCGCCAAGAUUAAGAACGAGUACGCCGGGAACUGGGACGAGCUUCAAAGUAAAGAGUGGAUCGAUCUCGUCCGGGACGGGACGGGUGAUCAAAUACGCGAAACGGAUCUCAUGGCGGAAGCAGAUGCAACGGCAGAGGAAGAGGCAGAGGCAGAAGGGGAGGCAGACGCAACGGCCGAGGAGACUGGAGAGGCCACAACAGAUGCGGUUGUAACUCAUCAUUACACUCAUCUACUGAGGCCAGCGAAUGCUCCCCUGAAAAAGAAACGGGCCCGGAAUAUUCAAGUUCAUUAUCAAGGUGGUCCUCAUUGACGCUCGCCCUACUGCGCCUUUAGCAUAUUUUUCCUAGCUCGCCACACAAUUAUCUGAUUUCGUGUCCUGUUCUCCACUUAGACCUAGGCAGCUAUGUAGGUUUCAAAAGAAGCACCUAUGUACCCCAAGGUAGUAUGACCCACCACUCAAGAUACACC